GGCAGGAAGCGCUGGCGGGGGCCGUCGGACAUCCCGGCUCGGCCGCAGGGCGGGCUGCAGUAAAAAACAGAAAAUGGAUACCCACUAACUGACUGUAAGAAUCAUAUAUAAACCAAAAAGCUGACAAAAACUAUGCCUGCUGCGUGAUGUGUACAGUCACUACAGUGAAGCUCUUCCCUCUCCUUCAUAGUUUUGUCCCAUCCACCAGCAGCUUUCAGAAAAGGAAAUUAAAGGCAAGGCUGCGUAUCACAUUUUUGGUGAAUAUCAAGGUUCUGAAACUUCUAAUUGCAUGGCUGAAUCAGAACCUCAGGAAGGACACUAUGAUAACAUGGUAAAGAUGGUGGAGGACUUGAAUAGGGAUUUAGAAAAACUUCUGGAGGAAAUGGAAAAACUAACAGUGCAGGCAACCUGGAUGGCAUAUGACAUGGUAGUCAUGCGUACCAACCCAGACCUGGCCAACUCCAUGAGGCGUUUGGAAGAUGCCUUCCUGAGUUGCAAAGAAGAGAUGGAGAAGAAAUGGCAUGAGGUGCUAAAUGAACCUAAAAGUGAAGAGCAAAAAAAGGAAUAAAUUUAAUUCAGUCAUGGUGGGAGAACUACAUCCCUUCGAAAAUCACUCCAGCCUUUUUGUUUUCCAGCCAUAGAGGUUUCACAGACACUGUGGAAAAUGGAUUGGCUUUCAUUUUACUAAGAACUACCUAUAUGUAUACAUCUAUGGAAGUAUUUUAAUGAGAUCACACAUAUAUAUAUUUAUAUUGUUGAAGGUAAAAGGUAACAAUGUGUCUAUUUUUAUUAUGCUCAUCAGUAAUCCUUGUAGUGUGUGUGCAUACACAACUUACAUGCUUUCUGUGUCUUUCUUCCUGGAAAAUCAUACUCGCUUCAUCGUCAAUAUACAUGGAAUUCUUUGACACCUGAACAAAUAGGGGGGAGCAGAAGGGAGUACAGUGGAUCAUUGCAGUGGUAUUGCACUAGUCCAUGCCUUUCAAGGAAAACUGAAGAAGUACUUUUUUUCCAAAUUAAAAACAGGUGAAAUUCUAGAUUUACAGAUAGGUUGGGUCAGUUUGAUGCGGGAUUCCCAACUAGGUAUUCGCUCACAGAAUUUUAUUAUUCAGAUUGCUUAUCUGCAGUUGUUUAAUAUUGUUUCCUUGGAUUUUUGACCAUUUCUUUGGACUGGUUUUCCCAGAAAGAUUGUUCUUCUCAAUCCCUCUGAAGGUAGCAUCUCGUUUAAGAAAAAAUUGUUUACCAUUAUAGACUGCACUGUGUUUGUGGUGUAGUCUGUGCGAUUGCUGCAGAAACCAAAUUAACCAUGUUAUAAAACAUGCUUUUCUCCAUAUGUUCCUACUGUACAAUAUUUAAAAAGAAAGAGAAGAAAAAAAAAAUUACUUUUAUUUUGCAGUCAAGAAAUGGAUUAAGACCACCACCCUGUGGCUUGCAGUUAAUGCAUAAACGAAUAUUUUAUCUGAGAUAGAAGUCAGUGCAAGUUUUGAGAAGGAAUUUCCCUUUCAUUAAAAUCAGCCUCUUUCAACUAGAAAGUAAGCACCAUGUAGCAAGUGAGAGCAUCUCCAUCUCUUUUGAAGAGGCAUUUAAUGAUUUAAAUCAAAUCUCAGUGAUCUGUCAAAAGCUUACUAAGUUUUAGACUAAGUAUUCUCUUGAGAUUAGUUGAUCUCUGUUCAGACAGAAUGUUUAUCCUGCUGACGUGAAACAUAUGUAAGUAAUUUCAACUUUUUUUUUUUUUUCAUUGCUACCAAGUGUUUCUAGAGGUACAAAUGACUAAGAACAUAAACUUUGAAUUCUACUCUUGAUUUUCUGGCAGGUAGGUCUUCAUUCCAGCCACGCUAGGGCAAAAUGGCAGAACAGUAUAAGGAAAAUUGCACUUUUAUUAAGUGCAAAUUAAUCCUUUCUGGAGGAUUUUAAAUGCCAUGUUGUCACUUUGGUACCUUUAACUACAUUGUCUUCGUUCCUUAAGUCUAUGUUAAAAAUUAAAUUCUUUGAAGAAGCACUGUCUUCAACAGCUUACGUAGGAACAUACUGAAUUUUGUGAGACUUUUUGGCCAUA